AUGUACGAGGAAGCCGUCAAAGACUUUGAAGACGCUCUGAUGGGAGCCAAGGCGGAAGGUAUGAUAGACCUUCAGGAGACACGUAAGGAGAAGCAGACGGCGGAGCAUGCGGUCAUAGAUGAUGCGAUAGCAGACCGGGCGGAGGGCUACACAGUGUUCUUGAUUCCAGUCGGAGUCCUGUACCGGCCAGCGUCAAGCAAGGUGAAGAACCUUUCCUCGAAGAAAAAUUUAGGACAUGCAAAGCUGUUUGCUGCGACGGAUGCGUCGGAGACGUUUGUGGGCUUCACAGGCUUGGUGCGAGCGGCAGCAAAGACAAGCACGGGGCCCGUCAGAUCUAUGCUCAUGCCCGGCAGUCCUCCUGGCCCAUCUGGGAUCGUCCGACGGGGCACGACAACAGCGCGGAUCGAAGGUACGGUCAGUGGUCGGCCGGCGCCUUCCAACGACCUUCGACGUCGACCUAGCGAGAACACGGCGUCAGUCAAUCCUACCCGGCUCAAUCAGAGCGCCACACCCAGCUCGGGAUCCCGGGCGGGGGGGGAGACUGGCGACGAUGGCUGA